GAUGCAACAGCUGGCAAUACACUCGGUGAGGGGAUCUUCACCCAGCCAAAUAUUUAACUCUUGAAAUUUUAAAAACGUAUUCACAACUGUGUUGAACAAAUACUUCAUUGACUCUCAAUCUCAAUUACUGACUAUCUUAAUUUCUGUCGCGCAAGAUAAGCUCAAUUUUUGGGUGUAUUUUACCGGGAAGUCAACAAAUAAAAUAGGUGGUUGGGCAGCAAACCUUGGAAUAAAACAACGGGUAAUUUUCUGUUCCAUUCUUCGGACUUUUUUUACUUUCUUCUUUUCACACAUUCCUACUAUUCCUACUAAUCAUUGACGUUCAUCUAGACCUACAUUCCGAUCUUGAAAACGUCAAAAUGCGUUACCAAUCUUCAUUCCUCGCAUUCUCCCUCAUCACCACAAGCGCAGCUCUUCAAAUCCCAUCGCUGCUCUCACCACCGGAACCCUUCUACGCACCACUUUCUCUCAACCUCGAUAUCUCUUCAGAAUCAUCUUUAAUAUCAAACGAAACCAUCCUUCCCGAUACCUCGCCCGCCUCCUCAAAACCUAAACCCGAACUCCUCAAACGCAAUGGAAAUUGUCCUUCAAACUACAAUUCAUGCUCCACUUUGAAUGCCGCAGAUGGAGGUGCAUGUUGUCCGGCUUCAGCAACCUGUUCAACAGACGCUUCUCAAAAUAUAGCAUGUUGUGCAAUUGGCGCAUCAUGUACUGGUACCGUCACAACUCCUGGUGCGACUCCAGCAUCAGUUUCUGCGACGGUGACGGGAACAUUCGUGUCGAAUGCUUAUUUUCCGUUUCCAAUCCUACCUACGAAUUAUGUGAAUUCGGCAGCAUGUAGUAGCGCGACAGAUGCUUGUGCUAAGAAUUAUGCGCUUUGUACUGUUGAUCUUCAAGGGGGAAUGGGCGGUGCAAUUACGAUAUCGGCUCCAAAUGGAGGGGUAACUGUAGCAGCUAGUGUUCCCAGUGGAGGAUACUUGGGAGAAGCUAGUGCGGCGAGUGUUUGUCAGAGUUUGAGUAGUGUUGCUUGUGCGGCUGUGGAGACUGGGGGAUGUGCGAGAUAUGGAACGGGAACCGCGACAACAACUGCUGGUUUUGUUAUUGGAACGAAUGGUGUGGGUGCUAUGAUUCCGAGACCGACCAUGAUGAAUUGUUUGCCAUACGCAGCUGCUGCAGCUGGAGUUAUGGGGUUGGUUAUUUGAGGGAAGUGUAAAGAUUGGAUAUGUUAUGGAUUGCCAUUGUAAGGUUACAAUGUGAUAUGAUUUACGUACGGUACAAGGGGAGGGGUAUGGAAACAAGAUUGUUUCAGGGUAAAUAUAUGCGACAAUGUUACGAUGUACGACAGGCUACUUGAUGGCGGAAUGACUUAAGAUGAGAUGAAAGGGUUAGCGAGUGAAAGAGCGUUUGUAAAAAAGCUUGAUGGGGGAAUAUAUGUGCUGAGCGAUAGAGCAUGGUUUUGGAGUUUGAUGAUUAAUGAAUUUGGAUGAGGUUUCUGAUUUGGAAUUAUAUGAGGAAGUCGAUUUACAAGUAUUAUACCUAGAUAAAUAUCAAUGUGCACAGUUUAUGAACAUAUAAGAAUUGAAUACCUAGUAGUUUUCUUU